AUGUCUCCUCCUAGCAUUAUUAACGGUGUUGUUACCACUACUCCCUCUACCACCAAUCGUAAGAAUGACCCUGCUAAUAACAGUUCACUAUCACAACAACUUUCUGUAUUAGACACCUUAUCAUAUAGACACUUCAAAGUGGCACACCAAAGAGUUUCUUUAGACAUACAGUUACAAGAUCAUAGUAUUAAAGGUGUUGCAGACAUAGUAAUUAUUCCGUUAGUCAAAAAUUUAGAUUAUAUAACUUUUGAUUGCAAAGAUUUGAAUGUUUUGGAUGUUUGGAUUGAAAAUAGACGUUGCGAACAUUAUAUCCAUGAUAAUCCAAUUAGAGAUUAUUUAAACAAAUUUAUAAAUAUCCACUCAGAUAACAACAACAACAACAAUAAUAAUAAUAAUAAUAACAAUAACAAUAAUAAUAAUACCACUAACACUACUGCAAAUAACAACUAUAGGAAUAAUAGGUUUUAUGAUGAUAUACUCUAUAGAGAUAAUUCAAUUGAGCAGUCGCACUUCUUUAGGGAAAAAUUUGCGGAUUUAAACGAAUUCCCAAAGGAAAGAAAUAAGUGUCAAUUGUUAAUUAAAAUUCCAUCUUCUAUAAAGAUUAAGUUACAAGAUACAAGUUCAUUGACAAAUUACACUCCAAUAACACCAUCAAUUAGAGGCACACCACAAACUUUUCAACAAGAAACUAUUUUCACUCCGUUAACUGUUAGAAUUGAAUAUGAAAUUAAAGAUCCAAAUACAGGUGUUCGUUUUGACACAUUAGAUGAAUCUAAACCACAUUUAUGGAAUGUAUAUACUGCAAAUAAUGAGUUAUGUUCCACCGCAUCAUAUUGGAUGCCCUGUAUUGAUUCAUUUGAAGAAAAAUCUACUUGGGAAAUCGAAAUUAGUGUACCUAAAAAAGUCAGGAAUAUUGGUAAAAGUAAAAUAGUUGGACAAGAUGAUGAUAAUAACAUUCAACAGGCGCAAUCAAGAUUCAAAUCAGAUUCAAAAUCAAAUAAUCAAAACGUUGUAACUAUAAACAAAAAAUCUAAUAAAUCUAAUGAAAACAACAAUAUCAGCAACGAUAAUGCACAUAAGACUAACACACAAGAUAUUACAAUCCAGGAAAACAUCCAUCAUAAAGAUGAGGAGGGAAAUGAGGAUGAGGAAGACGAAGAAGAUGAGGGUGAUGAUGAUUCUGAUUAUGAAGAUAAUAUUAAGAAAACAAAUGGCAAAGAUUCGAUCUUUAAUGAGUAUACAAAAUUUUUAAACAGAGAAAUAAAAGCUUGUUGUUCUGAAUUUUCAACAAUGAGAGAAAUAGCUCAUCCAAUUGAUUUAACAAAAAAAGUUUUUAUAUUCCAGAUUUUUAAUCCUGUAGCUCCACAUCACAUUGGUUGGGCAGUUGGCUCUUUUGAUGUAUGGAAUUUACCAUCGUUGAUUUACAAUGACAAAUUUUUAAAAAAUAGUAAUGAGGAAGAAAAUGAGGAAAAUGAUGAAAGUAAAAAUAAUUUAAAUCAUGAUAAUAAUGAUAACGCCUACAACGACAAUACCAAUAUGGUAAAUGAUGACAUAAAUGCUGAUCUGUUAGAUAGUACAGAGGGUAUGGAAUUUAUACCGAUAAACGUUUAUACUUUACCAUCAAGUGACAUUGAUGAAGAUACUGUAAUCAACACAACUUUUGUAUGCCAGCGGAUCAUAGAUUUUUAUUCAAAAGAGUUUGGUUCAUACCCAUUUACAUCAUAUUCUCUAGUGUUUUUACCAUCUGUAACGAAUCAGACUAUGGAUUUCGCCAGUAUGACAAUAUGUAAUACACGGUUAUUAUACAAUUCUAAUAUUUUAGAUCAAAUGUUUACUACUACAGAUUUACUUGCAUGGUCAAUUGCAUCUCAAUGGUCUGGUAUCAACAUUACACCUUUGGAAAUGAACGAUAUAUGGUGUUGUCUUGGUAUGGCAGGUUACAUGGUUAAACAAUUCUCUAAACAUAUAUAUGGUAAUAAUGAAUUUAAAUACAGAUUGAAAAAGACAUGCGAGGAAAUUGUAGAAAAAGAUUGGGAAAAACCACCAAUUGGAUCUACGUUUAAAGGCAAAUCUUGGCCUAUCUCAGUAUCAAGCAAAGAUUUAGAUUUUAUUAAGUUAAAGGCGCCCAUGGUACUUUAUAUCUUAGAUAGAAGAAUGACAAAGACAGAAAGAUCCUUUGGUAUGUCCCGUGUUUUGCCAAAGAUUUUUUUGCAAGCCAUGUCAGGUGAUUUGCCAAACAAUUCUUUAUCAGCCAGCCAUUUUCAACAUGUCUGUGAACGUGUAAAUAAGAAUAAGUUAGAAGAAUUUUUUCAACAGUGGGUAUAUGGUGCUGGUGUACCUAUAUUUCGUGUUACUCAAAGAUUUAAUAAAAAAAGAAUGAUGGUAGAAAUGGGUAUAAGACAAUGUCAACAACAGGAAUUAGAAACAUCUGAUAAAGUGAUAGGAAAGGACCGAUUUUUCAGUAGUGCAAUGCACCAUUUAGAAAAUCCCAACAGAAAUGUCCCUACCUAUUUUACUGGCUCAAUGACCAUUAGAAUCCAUGAAACUGAUGGUACUCCUUACGAACAUAUCGUAGAAAUAAAAGACUUGUUUACUAAAAUUGAUAUUCAGUACAAUACUAAAUAUAGAAAACUCAGAAAUAGAAGACCACAAAGAUCUAAUAGAGCCCCAAAUACGUUAGACCACGAAGACGGACAAAAUAGCGCAUUUACUACGUCGUCAUUUUUUUCCACAUCAAUGCAAAAUAAUCCAAACAAUUCCAAGAAUUUUAUAGAUGAUGGGGAUAUUAAAAGACUGGGUAAUGUCUUGGUAACUCAAGAAGAAUGUGAACAAUGGAAUUUAACAGAUUUAGCGAAAGCCACUGAUGGAUACGAAUCUCAAUUCCAAAAUGAAGCUUUUGAAUGGAUUAGAAUUGAUUCAGAUUUUGAAUGGAUUUGUAAAACAUACAUUAAUCAACCUGAUUUUAUGUUUACCUCACAACUUCAACAAGAUGGUGAUGUAGAAGCUCAGUUAGAGAGUAUAAGAUAUUUUGAAGAUGUGAUUAGUUCAUCUAAUCACUCUUCUUUAGUGUACUCAUCUAUACUAACACGAACUGCAAUGGAUGAUAGAUAUUUUUAUGGGAUACGACAAGAAGCUUGCCAUGCUCUGUCAAAAUAUGUCUACAACCCCAUGGAAAAUUUCCCAGGUGGUGCAUAUCACUUAGUAAAAAUAUAUCAAGCUUUAUUUUGUCUGGAAGACUCCAAUAUUCCUCGAAACAAUGAUUUUGGUAAUAUCCAAAAAUAUAUUUUACAAAAAAAAAUUCCUCAAUAUUUAAGUCAAAUUAAAAAUGAAACCAAUGAAUGUCCUGGGUUUGUGAAAGAUUUUCUGUUGGAUAUUUUGACUUAUAAUGAAAAUUCAGAAAAUUAUUAUGAUGACAGUCAUUUUGUCUCUAUAUUAAUUGACAGUGUUGUUAACUCAACUUUAACUAAUCAUGAUGAUAAAUUGUUUACAAAAAGAAUUCUUGAUCAAUUAAAAAGACUAGAAAAUUUGGAUAAAUGGAUUCCCUCAUACCAAUUAUUGAUCACUAAAAGUAUUAUGGAACAGAAACUAAAGAUGCAUAUGUCAAAUUUGUAUGAAUUUAAAGAUAUUGAUUAUAUUUUGAAAUAUUCCCUUGACAAUGAGGAAAUAAGAAACCGUCAUAGCAAUAAUUCUAUACCUAAAUUUAGAGAAGGCUUCGAAGAUAUAGCGUUAUUGUCAUUUAGAAUUAUGCUUAUUGAAGGUGGAAUUAAAAAUAAAUUUAUUUUACGUUAUUUUUUCGAAGCCUUAUGUUUUAGUCCCGAUAUUUACAUAAGGGAGAAAUUAAUUGACGUCUUUAUUGAUUCAUUGAAUAUAAUUGCAGAAAAUAAACUUAUGGAUACAUUUGAUGAUGAUUUUCAAUAUCUCAGUGAAAGAAUUAAUCCUCCUCAGAUGAAUUUUGAGAAUGAAGAUGAAAUUGCAGCACUAAUUAUUGGUGGUGAGACAGGUCAUGAAAUUGUGGAUCCAAAGGAAUCCAAAAUGAACAACAACAUUGGUGGCAGAAUAAGAUUAAUCAGAGAUAAGUUUAAAAAUUAUUCACCACUAAAAAAAAUCAUCUGGGAUGUAUUACAUACACCGACGUUAACUCUGUACCAAAGAAAAAGUUUGUUUGAUAUAGCGCGUGUAAUAUAUACGUUGACAGAUAGUUUCAAGGUGAAAUUAGUUUCACCUAGAAUGAAAAAACUAGUGGCAAGAUAUGAAGGUAACAAUAAAGUGAUAAUCAAGAGGAAUGGUAUUUUAAAAUUACACUUAACAGCACCAAAAUUGAAAGUAGUCCAAAAGCCAACAGAUCGAUCAAAGAAAGGUAAGAUGACCAGUACCAUUAUUGGUACUGGUGCUAAAAAAGUCAAGAUUACUCUUUCAAAACCAAGAAAAGUAUCAAAUAAACCUGUUGUAAAUAGAAUUGGACUUUUGCCUAUUAGAUUUGUCAAAUUAUCAAACAAGUAUAAAAAAGUCACGAUCUCAUCAACACCAUUUAAUGACAAGGUGAAAAUUGUGAAGGCUAACACAAGAUCGUUUACCGUUAGACUAAAAUAUCCUAAACCACAGGUACAGUCUGAAUCUCCUAUGAAUACCGAAUUGUAA